AUGGCGAAGAAAGCUGUGUUGAUCGGGAUUAACUAUCCAGGAACCAAAGUGGAGCUAAAAGGCUGCGUCAACGAUGUUCAUCGGAUGCACAAGUGUCUCGUUGACCGAUUCGGUUUCGCCGAAGAAGACAUCACGGUGCUGAUCGACACCGAUAAAUCUUACACUCAACCGACGGGUAAAAACAUCCAUCAAGCGUUGUCGGAACUCGUAAAGCCAGCGAAACCCGGUGAUGUUUUAUUCGUGCAUUAUAGUGGACAUGGUACAAGGGUUCCACCAGAAACAGGAGAAGAUGAUGAUACUGGUUUUGAUGAGUGUAUUGUUCCUUGUGACAUGAAUCCAAUUCCUGAUGAUGAUUUUAGGGAAUUAGUGGAACGUGUUCCAGAAGGAUGUAAGAUAACGAUCAUAUCAGACUCUUGUCAUAGCGGAGGACUCAUCGAUGAAGCCAAGGAGCAGAUCGGAGAGAGCACUACGAAGAAGCUAAUUCAAGAAAAGAAAGUUUUUUCUUUGGAAUUCAAUAUGGGAAACUGUUUGCAUAGCGUUUUGGUUAAAUUUCUUGCCGUUUUCGGAAUUGGAAGUUCUCGAGAAGAACUGCGAGAGAUCGAGAGUAGAGAAAUGGUCGAGGAAGGGGAGAGAGAUGAGGUUGUCAAAUCAAGGUAUCUACCAUUGGAGACGUUCGUCACUCUUCUUAAACAAAAAACUGGUAAAGAAAAUAUCGAGAUUGGGAAAAUUAGACCGACCCUUUUUGAUGUAUUUGGUGAAGAUUCGAGUCCAAAGGUAAAGAAGUUCAUGAAAGUGAUUCUCACCAAUCUAAAGAAGAGAAAUGAUCAAAGUAAAAUCGAAGAAAGUGUUCAAGAGUGUAUAGAAGAGAAGCUGAAUGAUGAAGACUACACGAAACCCGCGAUGCAUACACAAGUCAAGAGUGAUCGUGAGAUCUACGGAGGAGGAACAAGCAAAGGACUGAUUCCGGACAGAGGGAUUUUGUUGAGUGGAUGUCAAACUGAUGAGACAUCUGCGGAUGUGAACAAGAGUGGAGAAGCUUAUGGAGCGUUUAGUAACGCGAUUCAGAUGGUUUUGUCGGAGAUUAAGGAAGAUAAGAUCACAAACAAAGAGAUGGUUUUGAAGGCAAGAGAGAUUCUGAAGAAAGAUGGGUUUACUCAGAGACCAGGAUUAUAUUAUAAUGACCGUUUUGUGAAUGAUCCGUUCAUAUGCUAA